GAACUUGGUUUCAAACAGCAGCUCCAGAGUUUAACCGAGGAGGUAGUUUGUCCCCGUUUCUUUGAGUUUCUUCGCCGAUUCGGUUUCACUGUCGGUGCGGACACGACUUCUGCCGCUCCUGGUUACAAGGCGGAGUUGAGAAAAGCAGGAAAGAAACUCCUCCCCGAAACAUAGACAGGAGUUUCCGGACAGAAACUUCAGGAGGCAGCCGGGUCUUGGUGAAACUGACCGAGAAAGCUGGAAAAUUAAACCUGAAUCGGCAAGAGAAGGAAAGUAACCAUCAGAGGGAGGAACAUCAGAAAGAGCUGAAGGUGUUUUGUGAAACUGACGAUUCUGUGUGAAUUAUAUAGAUUCCCGGGAUCACGGGGAAGACCGCUGCAUUCGGGUGAAGGAAGCUGUUGGAAUCUACAAGGAUCUGGUGAAGAAACCAGGGACCUCAGAAAUGGAACAGCAGCAAAAGGAGAUUUCACAAAACAGGGAGGAAAUGCGUCAGAAGAUGAGGACAGGCAAUGAAAUUAAUGAUCUGCCAUUAGAAGGUGACAUGAUGUCCACUGGAAAAUUCACUGGUCCUUUACCACACACAGUUGAGAGAGAAAACCUGGAUACAUUCAAGCAUGUCUCUGUGACCUUAGAUAUGGAAACAGCAAGUCCCUGGCUUGAGGUGACUCAGGAUUUGAAGAGUUUACGAUGGACUCUAACAGGGAAGUGUCUCCCUGACAAUGCAAAAAGGUUUAAAAACUGUCCUGGUGUGCUGGGAUCAGAGGGAUUCAAGUCAGGGAGACUUUACUGGGACGUGGAAGUGGCAGAGAAUCGGUGCUGGAAUCUGGGUGUAGCCACACAGUCUGUGGAGAGAAAGGACUGGUUCAGACUGAGUCUGAUGCCAGAGACUGGAUUUUGGACCAUUGGAUGGGAUGGGAAUCAGUUUCAUGUAAACUGCUCCUCUCGACUUCCUCUCCCUAAUAGUCAGAUCCCCAGGAAGGUGAGAGUUUGUCUCAACUAUAAAUCUGGGACAGUUUCAUUUUACAACGUGGACACCAAGUCCCAUCUCUACACCUUCACUGAGAAUAAAUUCACUGAGAAACUUUAUCCUUUCUUCUGGACUUGGGAUGUUCACCAUUUUCUGAGAAUCUGGCCCAAUUCAGAUCUGGAGAAGGGGCGGGCCUCAGGCUGGACGCAUCAUCCCUAAUUUCACAAUGAUCUGACUCCAGGAUCAGGAUUAGAGUCAGAGUUUGAGUGUUACAUGCCACCAUUGACAACAAUAACCAAAUUAUAAAUUAUAAAAUCCCAAUUUGACUGUAAAUAAAACCAAUACAAAUAUAAAUGUCAGGGGAUUAAAACAAUAAUUUUAAACCUACCAUUUUGUGCCUCUCUUUUCUUCAUUUACUGCCAGCUUCAGUCAAUCCCACCCAGUCCCAUCCUCCAUCUCUUCACCUGCUUCCCAUGUCUGGAACUGGGAUUUCAUCUUUGCUCCCAAUUCUCACUCUUGUGUUGAGAGCUAGAGAGAGAGAGAGAGAGCUAGAGAGAGAGAGAGAAAGCUAGAGAGAGAGAGAGAGAGCUAGAGAGAGAGAGAGAGAGCUAGAGAGACAGCGAGAGAGCUAGAGAGAGAGCGAGAGAACUUUAUUUUAAAAUUAUUUCUUUUAGAUAUAUGUUACUUUGGUAAGGUGUUUUAUAAAAGAAAUGACAAGGUCAGACAGUCCUUUCAGAGCAGUGACCUAAUCUUGCUAUUGUGGUGAGAAAUUGUUUAUGCUGUUGUGGUUUAUGCGAGGUGUAUUUCACUUCAAGAUAAUCAAGGAUUGAUUUUAGCAAAGGCAUGUUUCGAGAUUGAAAAUUUUAGGGCAGUUCAAAGGACUGUAGUCAAAAGCAAUGUAGAUUCUCUCCUAGAAAGGAUUUUUUUUUUGGAGUGGCGAAGAGAAUAGGUUACCUCAGUAGAAGAGUUUAAGUUGUGCAACUUCCAGACCAGAAUUGUUCAGUUUUAAAUCUGAAAGUCAUUUGAAGUUGAGUAAGGCUAAACUCUCAGUUUUGUGAAUAUUGAUCUAAGAAGACUUUCCAAGGUUUAUGGGACAGAAACUGAGGAGAAUCUGUUAAGUCAACUCAAAGAUUUGAGAUAGAAUGUGGUGAAUUUGGAUGGAUUAGAAUUGCUGUAAAGUGGUGAUAUUGGGUAACCAGUCGAAACCUUGUUUUACUGAGCAUGUUAAGAUUUUCACAACUGUUCUAUUUCUAAAUAGUU